UAGAAUGACGUCUAGUCAACCAAUUACGAAGAAAGUUAUAAACUCCCCUGAGACGUGCGUUGACGACAAUCUCCGCGGCGUUGUGACUUUGUUUCCCAAAUUGCAACUUCAUCCCAAGCAUCGAGUUGUAACUGUAAGGAGGAAGAAUGAUUCCGGUAGGGUGGCUAUUCUCAGCGGAGGUGGUUCGGGCCAUGAACCUUUCGCUGCAGGCUUUGUGGGGGCAGGCAUGCUGGACGGCGCAGUGGCUGGAGGGGUGUUCGCGUCCCCUCCCACUGGAAACGUGCUUUAUGCAAUAGCACACCUUUACAAAUAUAAUUCAGGUGGAGUCCUGGUACUUCUUGGAAACUACACAGGGGACAGAUUAAAUUUCGGUAAAGCUUUCGAAAAGGCGAAGAGUGCAGGCAUCAAGGUUGACGGUUAUAUUGUAGGUGAAGAUGUGGCGUCGUGUCAAAACAAAACUGGUGGCAGAGGCAUGUGUGGAGAAGUGUUACUGUUUAAGAUGUGCGGUGCGAUGGCUGAGAAGGGCUACGACAUGGACGCCAUACUAAACAUGGUCGAAAUCAUUCACAAGAAUAUGGCAACCCUCGGAGUCUGCUUGACCUCUUGUUCUCUGCCUGGUCAGCCCCCGCUGUUCAACAUCUUGCCUGACGAGAUGGAAUUAGGCGCAGGCGUGCACGGAGAGGCUGGUAUCGAAAAGCUGAAGAUGAAAACAGCGAAGGAAAUUGUAGCUUUGAUACUUGAUAAGGUAAUAGCUCGUCGGAAUAUAGAAGCCGAAGACAGAGUAGUCGCCAUGAUCAACAACAUGGGCGGAACGUCGCUCAUGGAAAUGAACAUCAUCGCUGCAGAAAUUAAAGACUAUUUGAAUGAAAAGCAGAUCAAAUUAGAACGCAUUUACUCCGGGCAUUAUAAAACGUCUUUAGAAAUGCACGGUUUCCAAAUCUGCCUGUUACGCUUGCCUGAGGAAAAUAAGAAGUUAUUCUUGGAGUUACUAGAUGCUCCCACGGAGGUGGGAGUUUGGAGUGGGGGGGUUUUGUCUAAAAGAAGAGAGGGGGAACAUGUCGACGAUGAUACUCUGCUACAGAGUGUUAAAAGGAAGGCCGACUCCGGUCCCGUAUUGCCACCUAACGAUCAGAAAAUGUUACGUGACAGUCUUCAAGCUGCUGCAACGGAGUUAAUAAAGAACGAAGAGUUACUGAACAAGUUGGACUCCGGAUGUGGGGACGGUGACUGUGGAAUUACCUUGAAGAACUUCGGGAAAGCGAUAUUAAAAUAUUUGGAAUCGGCAUCGUUCGAGUAUCCAGCUAACGUACUGUGGGAUCUGUCAGAAAUAGCAGAAACAGAUAUGGGUGGGACGUCGGGCGGGAUUUAUAGCUUAGGCUUAUCUGCGGCGUCACAGGCCUUAGCUACAUCGACUACUAACGACAGAAAAACGUGGCUCAAGGCGUUGAAGGGUGGAAUGAAAGCCAUAAUGACGUAUGGCGGCGCGGAGCCAGGAGACCGUACUAUGUUGGACACACUCCAUGCCGUAAUGGAAGUGUUUCAAGAGACCUUGGAAGUCGAUAUUAUUACGCUUCUUGUUAGAAUCAACGAGGCCGCUCAGAAGGGAGCCGAAAAUACCGCUAAGAUGGAAGCCAGGGCGGGGCGCGCGUCGUACGUGUCGAGCGAGCACUUGCAGGGCGAGGACGCGGGCGCGCGCGGCGUCGCCAUUUGGCUCGAAGCCGCGCUCUCCACAGUCACCGGACACCACUGAACCAUGGAAACCGAAUUUACCCUAUCUAUUAAAAAAUGUGGAAAUUAUACGGAACUACACUGACUAGUGAUCAAAAAAAAAAAAAAAAAAAAAUCAUAUUUCCAAAAUAAAUCGAUUUUUUUUCCGAAAUGUCACAUCCCUAAUACAUAUGCUGCUUUUGCCUUUUCCUUUAUUUUGUGGGGAGGCAAACUUUAUACGCCUGGGCCGCUGAAUUUUAAAAUAUGUUAUUGAUUGUUAGAUACUUGUAUAUUUCGUUAUUCUAUUUAAUAAAUAUUCGCUUUUAUAA